UUAUUAUUGCACAAAUUGCAAUUUACUGCCAAGAAAUAUAAACCCCAUUAAAUUUAACCCACAAAAAUAAAGUUCCCGAUUCAAAGUUUUCCCGGAAAAUUUGGAUUCAAGGGAAAAAAAAUAGUAGUAGUUGAAAUCGGAGAGUGUUGAAAAAGAUAAAAUGAUGGGCGGUGGAAGUGUGUACUGGGGAAGGAAAGAAAAGAGUAAACGAGUGAAGGGAAUAGUGGUGAUGUUUGCUUGGGUUUCGAUUCACGAGAAACACCUUUUGAAUUACGUGGAUUUAUUUUCCUCCCUCGGUUGGAAUUCCCUCGUUUCUCGUGCCGAUUUUCUCAACGUGUAUUAUCCUGAUAGGGCAAUGUCCUUGGCAUUUGUUCUUCUAAAUGAGCUUAUUGAGGAGCUAAAGAUUAGAACUUGUCCUGUAGUAUUUGUUGCUUUCUCUGGCAGUCCAAAGGCUUGUAUGUACAAGGUUUUUCAGAUUAUUCAAGGAAUAGGUGAAGCUCAGCUUAAUCUGGAUGGGAGCCACUUGGUUAGAAAUUGCAUUUCGGGACAAAUCUAUGAUUCUAGCCCCGUAGAUUUUGCAAGUGAUCUGAAUGCACGAUUUACUUUACAUCCCUCCAUACGUAAAAUGCCUGGACCUUCAAAGCUCGUUUCUUGGAUUGCUAAAGGCGUUGCUUCUGGUUUGGAUGGUCUCUAUCUUACUGGCUUCGAGUCGCAACGUGCCGAGUAUUGGCAGACCCUUUACUCAUCAGUUGACUUGGAUGCUCCAUACCUUAUUUUAUGCUCGGAGAAUGAUGACCUUGCCUCGUAUCCAGUUAUCAACAAUUUUACUGAAUGCUUACAAGAUCGUGGAGCAGAUAUUAAGGUUGUAAAGUGGGAUGGCUCUACUCACUUAGAACACUACAAGCAUUAUCCUAUUCGAUACAGAGCUGUUGUGGCCAGUUUUCUCGAGAAGGCAACUUCAGUCUAUUCCCAUAGGAUCAAGAAACUCGGAGAAACAAAUGGCUUGCACGAUGAGAUCUCCGAGCUAAUCUUCAACCUGCAGAAAGCAACAGUGAACUCAAACCAAAGCCUUAGGAGAGUUGCCGUUGGACCUAGUGACCACUUUUUCUUGCCAAGUUCAGCCGAAUGUCACAACGGUAGAGAGACCAAUUCUAAACAAGAUGAACAAAGAGAACAACCGUUCUCUCUACCUGUACCCCCUACCAUUAACGCUCACAGCGUCCUCGGCCAAAUUCUCUUUGAUGCUUGUGUUCCAAAGAACAUCGAAGGUUGGGAUAUUAGAUUUUCGGGUUGUGUAAAGGGGCAACCAUUUUCUUCUGAUCGUAGGUCUUCUUUCCUUGGUAUCAAGUCCAGUCGUCGUUCGAGAUUAUAGUGCAUGUCUUUUACGAUUUCAAUUUGGGGCACCUCAUUAGCUUCAUUGUUUGUUUAUCUGUGGUUUUUUUUUUUUGGCCUCUUCCUUUUUGUGGUCUAAUCCUCUGGCAAGAAGUGUACAGGUAGUUCAGGAAUAUGAACAUAUAUAUAUUGUAUUAGACUAUAUGUAUAGGACUGUUUGUAUGUGAGCUUUAUGAAAUUGUUCUGAUGACAAUUUGAAAGUUCAUAUAUGUGUACAAACAUCUUUUUUUUGUUCUUUUUUCUAGUGAAACAGUCAUGAGAGCAAAUUUGAAAUAA